AUGGCGACGAGCAGUGACGUGGAGGCUGGAUUCGCGAAGCUCCAAGGCGAAGACUUCGAGUACUACAUGCAGACCUACUCCAUAAUCCUCGGCCGCAACUCCAAGAAAUCCACCGUCGACGUCGACCUCUCCAGCCUCGGCGGCGGCAUGAACAUCUCCCGCCACCACGCGCGCAUCUUCUACGACUUCACGCGCCGCCGCUUCGCCCUCGAGGUUCUCGGAAAGAACGGCUGCCUCGUCGAGGGGGUGCUCCACCUCCCCGGGAACCCUCCGGUCAAGCUCGAUUCACAGGAUCUGCUUCAGAUUGGGGACAAGGAGUUCUACUUUCUACUUCCGGUGAGGAGCAUUCUCGGUGGGCCUGUUGGGCCGAGGCAUUACCCGGCGUCGGUCGGAGUUUCGGGCUCGGCGGGGACGGCCCAUUAUGGAUAUGGGCUUCCCGGGGCGUCGGGCGGGUCGGUGGGGAAGAAGAGUAGGGGGAGGGAGUUUUAUGAGGAGGAGUAUGAGGAUGAGGAUGACAUUGGCGGCGGCGGAGGUGGUGGUGGUGGUGGUGGUAGUGGGAGUGGGAAGAAGAGGAGGGAUGGAUAUGAGGGUUAUGGGUACAGUGGUGGGCCGGGUUCCGGAUCGGGCACCAAGUCGGGUUCUUUGGCUUUAGAAAAGAAAGGGGAUGGAAGAUCAAGGGUUGAUCGAGACAGUGACAAUCAGCAACUUCUGCAUUUGGAAGAAAAGGAUGUGGUGUCAUCUGUUGCUACAGUGCUAUCUGAUCUUUGUGGUCCUGGCGAAUGGAUGCCUAUGGAGAAAUUGCAUGCUAAGUUGGUGGAACAGUAUAGUGCUGUUUGGCAUCACACUCGAGUGAGGAGAUAUCUUACUUCUGAGGACUGGCCUGGUCCAGAGUCAAAGGGGAAACCGUGGUAUGGCUUGCUUAUGCUGCUAAGAAAAUACCCAGAACACUUUGUCAUCAACACAAGGUCUAAGGGUCGUGUAACAUUGGAAUUUGUAUCUCUUGUCUCGUUGCUUUCAUAAAAUGGUGAUAUGCCAAAGCGAGCUUUCAUGAUGCUGGUAAUAUACAAUGGACUUUAUCUAGAAAUGAGGUUACUUUUCAGUAAAUUGUUGGCAGGCCCUUGGCUGCUUGCCCAAAUUUGUACGACUGUUGUAAGUUGCUGUCGAGCAGUAUUAGGAAAUUUGGGAUCCCUGCUGUCAUUUUCUGUACAUGAAUGACAGUUGCGUUAUUUAUCCCUUUGGGCAAUGUUGUACUCUGCCGUUAAUGACUCAGACACUCUUGUAGCCGGAAUUCACAUAUCAAUUUGUUAGAAAGUUUCAUCACCCAAUUGUUUACAGUUUGAUGUUACAGUUUAUAAUUUGAUCAUUCAACGAAAUUUGUUUUGUUUCCUC